AUGCACAAACAUAGAAGAAGGAAAAGAGAAGAGGUAGUGCAGCGCUGAGUUUUGUGGGGGAAAGAAAGGGUUUUUCAUUUCGCGACCACCGGCCGCAAUCUUGUCUCCAGGGAUUCCAUUAUCUCUGCCCUCACUCCAAAGCUUUUCUUUGCGCUAUCAGCAAUCAUGGCGGAUGAAACACAAAAUGAACUGAAGGAGGAGAUUCCAGAAAUUGUACCCUUUGACCCUACCAAAAAGAAGAAGAAAAAGAAAAUUACAAUUGUAGAUCCUGCUGAUGACCCCGUGGAGAAAUUGGCUGAGAAGACGGAAAACCUCACAGUUUCUGAUGGGGUUGAGGCUGCAUUUACUGGUUUGAAAAAGAAAAAGAAGAAGCCUGUUGAAAUGAGUAACUUGAAUGAUGAGAGCGGAGAUGCAAUUGAAGAUUUGGAUGAUCAUGCUGAAGAGGAUGAAGGAGAAAUGGUUGUUCCUCAGGCUCGUUAUCCUUGGGAAGGGAGUGAUCGUGAUUAUGAAUACGAGGAGCUUCUUGGCAGAGUGUUUAACAUUCUUCGGGAGAAUAAUCCUGAACUUGCUGGAGACAGGCGAAGGACAGUAAUGAGGCCUCCUCAGGUUCUUCGUGAAGGCACAAAGAAAACUGUGUUUGUGAAUUUUAUGGAUCUGUGCAAAACAAUGCAUCGGCAGCCUGACCAUGUCAUGGCUUUCUUGCUGGCUGAGUUGGGUACAAGUGGAUCGCUUGACGGACAGCAGAGAUUGGUUGUUAAGGGAAGGUUUGCACCAAAGAACUUUGAAGGAAUUCUGCGACGAUAUGUCAAUGAGUAUGUCAUUUGCCUUGGAUGCAAGAGCCCAGAUACCAUACUUACGAAGGAGAAUCGUCUCUUCUUUCUCCGGUGUGAAAAGUGUGGAUCAGGACGAUCGGUUGCUCCAAUCAAGGCUGGUUUUGUUGCUCGUGUUGGCCGAAGGAACACGGGAACAUGAUUGGUCCUACUUUAAUAAUCGUAACUGGCUGAGGAGAUGAACCUUUUUAUGAAAGUUUUGCCCAUGUAAUGAUGUAUCUCUUGUCCUACAAUUGAGUUUGUUGCGGUAACGGUAUCUUUAGAGUGAAUAUUGUUAUAUCUUGUGUCUUGGGUGCAAGUAUAAUAAUUCUUUAGUUUAAAAAGAUUGUCAUA